AUAUAUGAAGCAUAUGACGCUAUUUGGGAUGAAUUGCAUGAUGCAUAUUUGUCAACACCAAACUCACACGAACUUCGAGAUAUUGCCAGCAAGUUCUAUGUAAAGACUGGAAUGCCGAAUUGCUUGGGAGCUAUAGAUGGGAAGCACAUUCGUAUAAAAAGCCCAAUAAACAGCGGAUCAUUGUACUACAAGUAUAAGAAAACGUUCAGCAUUGUACUAAUGGCAGUGAGUGAUGCUAAUUACGUGUUCACAUAUGUUGACGUCGGUGCUCUAGGAAGCCAAAGUGACGGUGGAAUAUUUGCCCGCAAUGCUUUUGGAAAGAAGUUGCUGAAUGGCACACUGGAAGUUCCUUCUGACACAAACUUACCAGGUACAACGAACAACUUUCCUUUUUAUCCAGCCAAGGACUCUUUCCUUAUUAUUAACCAAAAUUUAAUGCGACCAUUUCCCGGCCGCCUCUUACCAGAAGAAAAAGACAAAUUUAACUUAGCGUUGUCUAGAGCCCGAGUGCACAUAGAAAACGCAUUCGGAAUUUUGGCUAAUCGAUUUAGAGUACUGCAUACAACAAUACAUGCUUGCCCAAAGAAUGCAGACAAAAUUGUUUUAGCUACGGUAGUACUUCAUAACUUUUUGAUGCUACAAAAUUACAGGAAUUACUUCACCCUUGAACUUGCUGACCACUCAGAAGGUAACAGGGAAAUACCCGGGCGUUAGAGGGAAGAAGCGAAUUCCCUUGAAUCGUUUCAACCAAGAGCGGAGAAUCGCUCAACU